UCCCUGCCUCCAGGUUCUGAGAAGAUGGCGAAGGUCUCAGAGCUUUACGAUGUCACUUGGGAAGAAAUGCGAGAUAAAAUGAGAAAAUGGAGAGAAGAAAACUCACGAAACAGUGAGCAAAUUGUGGAAGUUGGAGAGGAAUUAAUUAAUGAAUAUGCUUCCAAACUUGGAGAUGAUAUUUGGAUCAUAUAUGAGCAAGUAAUGAUUGCAGCUCUAGAUUAUGGUCGAGAUGACUUGGCAUUGUUUUGUCUUCAGGAGUUGAGAAGACAGUUCCCUGGCAGUCACAGAGUCAAGAGACUAACUGGCAUGAGAUUUGAAGCCAUGGAAAGAUAUGAUGAUGCUAUACAACUAUAUGAUAGAAUUUUACAAGAAGAUCCAACUAACACUGCUGCAAGAAAGCGUAAGAUUGCCAUUCGAAAAGCCCAGGGGAAAAAUGUGGAGGCCAUUCGGGAACUGAAUGAGUAUCUGGAACAAUUUGUUGGGGACCAAGAAGCCUGGCAUGAACUUGCAGAACUUUAUAUCAAUGAACAUGACUAUGCUAAAGCAGCUUUUUGUUUAGAGGAGCUAAUGAUGACUAAUCCACACAACCACUUAUACUGUCAGCAGUAUGCUGAAGUUAAAUAUACCCAAGGUGGACUUGAAAACCUUGAACUUUCAAGAAAGUAUUUUGCACAGGCACUGAAACUGAACAACAGAAAUAUGAGAGCUUUGUUUGGGCUUUACAUGUCGGCGAGUCAUAUUGCUUCUAAUCCAAAAGCAAGUGCAAAAACAAAAAAGGACAACAUGAAAUAUGCUAGUUGGGCAGCUAGUCAAAUAAACAGAGCUUAUCAGUUUGCAGGUCGAAGUAAGAAGGAAACCAAAUACUCUCUUAAGGCAGUCGAAGACAUGUUGGAAACACUGCAGAUCACCCAGUCUUAAGGUUUCAAACUCUUACAUUUCACAACUGCACAAUUGAACUUACUGGCCUAUGAUUUAUUUACUAAAUGCCUAGUGCUAUUUAUAUACUAAUAUUUUGUUAAGAGGGCAAUUGUAAAGAAUGUUUAUAUAAACCUAAAAAUGCCUUUUAUUGCUAAGCAGGAAGAUGGAGAAAGUCCACGGAAGAGAGAUUUAAUAAGAUUCAUAUUGAUUGUACAUCAUUCUCUUCAUAUCACACAUAUAUAACUUCUUUUAAACCACAACCUGAUGUAGAAAUCCCAUAAAUAAAUCAUGUGAUUUAUUAAACUUGC